UCAGCUAGCUGCUUUAGCAUCCAGCUGCAGACAGGAACCAGCAGCUACAACACAGGAGGCUCUGCUCUCUCUCUCCCCGGUUAUGUGUUCCGCUUGAAUUUACUGAAGUUAUUUGUCGUUCAAGUGACUACACACCGAAGGCCAGGUGGAAGAUGCAGUUCAUGCUGUUGUUCAGCCGGCAGGGAAAGCUGCGGUUACAGAAGUGGUAUGUGCCUCUAUCAGACAAGGAGAGGAAGAAGAUCUCCAGAGAUCUGGUCCAGACCAUACUGGCCAGGAAGCCCAAGAUGUGCAGCUUCUUGGAGUGGAGGGAUCUGAAGAUUGUGUACAAGAGAUAUGCUAGCCUGUAUUUCUGCUGCGCAGUGGAGGAUCAGGACAAUGAGCUGAUCACCUUGGAGAUAAUCCAUAGAUAUGUGGAGCUGUUGGACAAGUAUUUUGGCAGUGUGUGCGAGCUGGAUAUUAUCUUCAACUUCGAGAAAGCCUACUUUAUCCUGGAUGAGUUCCUGUUGGGUGGAGAGGCACAGGAGACAUCCAAGAAGAAUGUGCUGAAAGCAAUUGAGCAGGCCGACCUGCUGCAGGAGGAGGCCGAGGCACCACGCAGCGUUUUAGAGGAAAUUGGGCUGACAUAAAUCAUCAAGCUACCUCUUUCUACCAGAUGCAGAUCUGGCAACCUUCAUGUCUCUUUCUUGUCUUCUCCUGGUCACUGUGUCAGUGUUGUAUGUAUAUAAUCACCAUCUCUGUACCGUAUUAUUCUGUACUGUACUAUCCUGUAAUGUCCUUUUUAAUGUAGUGCCAGCUGUGGUUUAAUGUGUCUCCUAUGUACAAGCCCCCUCACUGUAUUCUGCAGAACGAUUAGUUCAGUACUUCUCCAAACACCUCACUUCUUGAAACUUGUUGAAAUGCUCACUUCUUUAAAAAUGCCACAGAGAACAAUGUAGCAACAACAUCAACACAACAACUCCAGCAUCAUUUUUAGAUCAUCCAUUGUCCACCAGCUGCAGAGAUGUGUGUGCUGUUUGGCUUUAAGAACUUUAAGGUGCUGAAGGAGUUCUAGUUUCUGCAAUUUGUGUAUUACCAAAACAUUUGAAGUCUCUUCUGACUAUCUGUUUUACUCCAGAAGUUUUGUUUACACCUUUCUGAAGUUGCAACUAAAUUUCCUAUUCAGUGCAGCUAGGAACAUACAGGAUGUCCUGCUCUUUUUGUAAAAUACAAGCAAACUAUUGACACAAAUGUUAAUGAAAAUAUUUAAUUUGGAAAGAAAUCGGUUAUAUUUAUAUAUAAGUUAACACAAUAAAAUGUAAUUGUGCAAAUUUAGCAAUUCAGAUUCAGGUGUUUGUUUUGCAGCUUGAGAAAACCUUUCCCAAAUAUCAAAAUUUCUUUAGAAAUAUCUGAGGAUUUUGGAAAUAACUUUAAGAUCAAGUAUUUUUUUUAAACAAUCUUCUGGGUUUUUCAAAGAUUAUCUGCAAUUUAUUUUUCAGAAAAUUGAAUGUCUUACCAGUGACUCAAAUGUAAAACAAACAUGAGGCAGAAAGUGAAGCUUGGGGUUUAUGGGAAUCACUAACACUAUUCAAAUCAAUUCUACACAAUCAUUCUACAUCCACCAAAUAAGUGAAAUGAAACAAUGGCCCAUAAUCAAUACAAAUGUAUACAUGAAGUUUGUACAAGUUUGUGUUUGGUGAUUUUCCUCUACAAGUGAAAUAAUUUCAAUAUUUUCUUAUUUUUUCAAGACUGUUUACCUUUGCUUAAUUAAGCUGUUUCUGUGUAGUGUCAUGUGUGUGACAUCUUUAGUUGUCUUUAUUUUUCUGCACUUGCUUUCCUGACGAGAAAAUCUGUUUAACAGUUAGUUUUGUAAUGACCUGUGGUGAUAAGGCUUAGGUAAGUCCCUCACUUAGUCUUAGGUCAGGAUAGGAUAGUGACCCAAAUAAUAGUUACACUAUUUUAUGUAUUAUGACACUUUGGCUUAAAGACUAACAUAUGACCAAAGAACACUGUGUUUUACCUUCUUAAUGGUGUCUAAGGAAGGCUGACAUGGCAGAAAAGGGAUUCAGCACUGCAGGAUGUUUGAAGAGAAAUGUAUUUUGAGGGUGAUUCGGCCACAAUAUAUCAGUAUUAUGUAAUUAUUUCAAUCCAUUUGAAGACAGGUGUUUCUUUAUGGAGCUGGAACUUGAAUUAUUUUUGACUCAGUGAGAAAAGUAACCGCACAUAUCAGGGUACAUCAUAACUACUCAUUACUGUCAGCUUGUUCACUUGCCCGUAAGAAGCAGGAAAACAAACCCACAACUUAAGAAGAGAUGCUCAUUCCAGACUUUAUGGCAGUCAGUUUUUUUUGUAUCAGAAAAAUGAAAACCACAAGGUAUUUUUGUUAAUCACAAGUAAUCAAAGAAAUGAUCAAUUUCAUCUUUUGUUUAUGCAAACGAAAUCACUUACUUUUGUAUUUAACACUGCCAACACAUUUGCCAACAUUUUUUUCUUAUAUAUUUGAAGGGUAUUAACAAUAAAUGUAUUAAAAAGAAA